AUGGAAAUCGUGAAAGUCCAUUUCGUACAGAAACUCACAUUACUGGGCGGAAAUCCGAAUUUAGCUCUCCUAUUUCAGCGCGAACUUGUAUCGAAGUACUAUUGUGUUGUUCAGGACUACUGCCAUUUCUACUUUAUCGGAAUUGGUAUUUUGCCAGUUGUUAUCUGUCUUGCUUACAACCACAUCGUCUACGGAACCUGUGAGUUAAGGGAUUAUCCCGAAGGUGAUCCGCCACAUUAUUGGCAGUUUGAGAGGACGCCUGUUCGUCAGUGGUGGGCGAAACAUUUCGGUGUCUCUGAUAUUGAACACCACGAACGAAAUCUCGCCUAUUACGAAAAACUAGCAAUCCAGGCUAGAUGGAGGCAGAUUGAGCAGCGCGUGAAACACUUAGAAGGGGAACGUUGGGACUAUAAGGCUUGGAGUUACCAGCCCGUUUCCACAACUUGGGUCGACUACAGUAGAUGGCACGCCCUGCGGAUAAGAGAUCAGUACGAGCAACAUGGCCAUUAUCCGCAGUAG